AUGGGUAUCUUCGGCACUCUCCUUAGCAAAGCUGCCGCGCCAGCUCUUGCCUUCUUGCUUUGCUGGUGCGUCGUCCGGAGGGCCGCGCUUUAUGUCAAACUUCGACAUCUUGGCGGUCCUUGGUGGAGUGGCCUCACACACUGGCCUCACAGCAAGGCAAUCAUUAGCCCCAAUUGCCACGAGUGGUACGCCGAUAUAAAUGAAAGAUAUGGUCUCAUUGCCCGCAUCGCUCCGGGAAUUUUGGUGACCUCUUCUCCUGAAGUUUGGGCCCAUGUCAAUAGACAUCCUGGAUACAAGCGCUCCGAUUGGUAUUAUCACGCUUGUCGAAUUGAGUACCAGCGUGACAACGUAUUCUCUCAAACGGACAAUGAGAAACACGAAAAGAGAAGGAAGCAAAUGGCGCCGGGGUACUCCGGCAGAGAGAAUCUAGACCUCGAACCUACGAUUGAUCAACGCCUUGAGGAGCUUCUCGGGCUCAUGAGAUCCAAAUAUCUUUCAACUGACAGCAAAGUCACACCAAUGGAUUUGGCCAAAAAGAUACAGUACUUUACUCUCGAUGUAAUCAGUUCUGUCGGGCUUGGGAAAGCGUUCGGCAUGCUGCGGACUGACAGUGAUGUGGAUGACUACCUGAAAUCUACUGAGGAGGGCUUGUCUGCUAUUAGUGUGGCUUGUGCUAUCGGCAUUAGCUGGAUGGCUCAGUCACCUGUCAUUGGCAAAUUCAUAGCUCCUUCACCUACUGACCAGAACGGUUUUGGUAAAAUGAUCGCAGCAUGCUUCCGCUAUGUUGACGAACGCACUGAAAAGCCAACGGACGAAAGGUCGGACAUGCUUGCAUCAUUCAUACGCCAUGGGCUAAAUGGCGAUGAGCUGAAGACUGAGGCACUGGAGCAGAUUAUCGCCGGAUCGGAUACGACCGCAGCUGCCAUACGAGGGACACUCUUGCAAAUCAUGACCAAUCCCAGGGUUUAUGCCAAACUACAGCAUGAAAUUGACGAGGCAUCAUCCGAGAGUCUCUGA